AUGAACCAAAUUAUCGAAAAACUAAAAGCAAAAUUUUUACCCGAAGUAAUUUUUAAAUACGAGGUUUGCCAAGAAAACUGUCAUCAUUGUCAGGAAGAUUUAGAAAAAAAAGUUAAGAAACUAGAAAUAGACCAUGGUUUAGUUGCCGAAGAGACCAAAUCCAAAACCGAAGAAGAAAUUUGCAAAACAAGAGAAAAAAUUAAGGAAGAAAUCGGAAAAAUCGCCAACUCGCGUGUCACGGAAAUCACUAUUCGGUUAAGAACUAAUCCUGAUAAGGAAACAAUCGCCCAUGAAUUCGCCCAUGCCUUUCUAGUUUGGCACCAUUGUCCACGGGGUCAUCACGGAGAAAAAUAUGAAACUCGUACCCAAGAAAAUACUUUCUUAUUUGAUAGCUUAUGUGAAUAUUUUGAACAAGAAGAUUCUCGCAAAAAACCUCGGAUUCGCCUUAAUAUCGAUGAGAAACAAUUACAAUUUCAUUUGAAUGAAUUAACAAAGUACUGGUCAGAAAAAAAGGCAUCCCAAACUAUUAAUAAAUUUUUGGAAGAAGUGAAGUCGAGUUUGCAAAGAAAAGAAAAUAUUUUGCUCUAUGGCUACUUCGGCUUGAAAGUCUGUCGUUCAGCUGCUCGUCAAGUCCGCAAUCCCCAAAAUGGAAAUUUGAUAACCGUUAAGGAAAAAAAUCGCCUCAGUUUUAGAGUCAGUUCUAAACUGAAAAGGGAAAUAAACAAAAAGUAA